CGCUACAGGAACUCUUCACCACUACACACAAGAGUUGAGGCUCAGUCUACGGCUUCUCCUCCCCACAGUCGUCUCGGAGCUCGGCACGCUUGCGGUCGCAUCUCGACUUUUCGCCUGAACAACCACCAAAACAAUCGCCAAAACAAUCACCACAACACUCACCAAAACAACACAGACGGUACAGAACACCGAGCAACACCACUGAUGCUGAUGCUGGUGAUGACCACGAAAUCCCCUCAGAUCGGUCCGACGACGGACUGAUAUUCGUGCGUCCUUCACCCACAAUGGCGUACCUUCACAAGCGCCGUGCACCUCGCGACAGUGAUGUCGGCUCCGGCUCCAUCGACCCCACUUUGCAGCUCUUGGAGCGAUACAACACCGACGGCCAGAGACUGGAGAUCGCUACGCGAUGUCAUCACGACAUUUUGCUCCAACGGUGAUGACCUGAUGACCACGGCCUCCUCCGAUGUGCUCGAGCACUCCAUUGCAGCACAACACAACGCUCAAGCUCUCACCACCAUGCUUGCAUACCUAAUC